AUGGUGAACAUCUCCCUGGCCGUUCUCCUCAAAAUCAGAAUGGCAGACUUCCCAAAAGAAGCAGGCCGCGGGAAAACAGCAUUCUUUCAUCAACACUCUCUUAAAGGAGCGUUAUGGCCACGAGGCAAACCGAUUCCAAUGCCAAGAGCUCACGGAUACCUUCAGGCUACAUCAGUUGAAACUCUUGGAUGGGAUUCUAACAACUGGAUUUAUCUCGUCUCCAUUGGAGAAGCGUCGGCCACGCCCUCCAAGAUUUCAUCUUCUGAACGAAACCCAGGGACAGCCUUUCUCCAAGGGAGUACAAAACAAGUAGUUGCACGACUUUCCAAUCCCGAUGCCCAGCUGAAUCAUGGUAUCCGCGUUCAAAACGAAGUUGCUGCAAUCUUCCUCAUGCGAGGCGCUCUCUUAAACUAUGACUCGAGCCUCAUCCCCGAAGGACACAACUGGAACAGCGCAUCGGAGGGAAUGGCUGGAUAA